CUACGUUCCACAGGAGUCCUUGGGUCUUGUCCUUUCACUUCAUCUCACUCUCACCGUGCCAAGCACUAUGGCGCCCCUAUCUACGUUCCCACUUCCUCUCCGACCAAGUGGGCCGCCCGCUGGAUAUGAUUGGGAAGAACGCGAUAUGGAGUGGCCAUUAUCGGCGACUACUGCAUUCAACACCGGGAUAGACAGGCGGGACACGUUCCUUGGUCAGCGUCGAUGUGUCGUCUGUGGGGAGCGCGGUGCUCCAGUCCAGCGUUGUCACAUUUCGAGGGAUUCAGAUCCGCAACUUGUUUUCCAUCGACCUAAGUAAGGCUUCUGUUAAUAGACUUAUGAUCAACAAUCAGAGUAUCGCACACGCCAGUGCCAAAGCUGGAACAAUCUGGCUCGAGCAAGACACCAAUCGCAACUUA